CCGGCCUUUAUCCACAUUGUUGAAGCGGGAUGAAGAAGAUAAGGUAGGUAUUGAAACUGAUAGCAGAAGGCGCUGGGAGUGUGAGUUGAAUCGUAAUCCAGUUUGUGUUCGUAAUGUGCUGAUCCUGAAUUUGAAACAGACGAGAUUAUGGCGCAAACUUCAGCAAUCCCACUUGCUCAUUCACUCUCCCUCAUCUCCAAUUCUCGGAACUUCAAUCCUCUUUCUAACACUCUCUCCUUCCCCAUUUCAAACCCUCAGGUUCGUGGUCUUCAAAUCAAGUGUGUACGUGUUGGAGGAGUUGAGAUACCGAACAACAAGCGAGUUCAAUACUCCCUUCAAUAUGUACACGGUAUCGGUCGCAACAAUGCUAAGAAAAUACUGUUUGAUCUAAACGUGGAGAAUAAGAUAACCAAGGACUUAUCUGAGGAAGAACUAAUAUCUAUCAGAGAUGAGGUUUCCAAGUACAUGAUUGAAGGAGAUCUGAGGCGUUUCAAUGCACUUGCCAUAAGGAGAUUGAAAGAAAUUCAGUGUUAUCGAGGGAUUCGACACAUUCAGGGGUUGCCUUGCAGAGGGCAGCGAACGAAAAACAAUUGCAGAACCUUGAAGGGUAAGAAGAUUGCUAUUGCAGGAAAGAAGAAGGCUCCUCGUUGAUGUCCGAGUAAAUCUCUUUUAAAAUCUUUGAGAUGUAUUGUUUUUUAACUCUUGAAAUUGCAUCUAAUUUCCUCAUGGGAAUAUAGUUUCUUGCAAACACUCUGUUAUGUUAUUGCUGUGCCAUAUUCUACUUCACAGAUGUGCUCACCUUCUUUGACAAAUGCUCAAUGUUCCAUAUAUGAGUGGUGUUAUCUUAACUGAUCCAUUUAGUUAUGUACGCAA